AGGAGAGUCUAAAUUCCAGCAAGUAGUUCGUCAUAGAAACCGUCCCUUUUUUUUGCGAUAAUCCAUCCAUCCAUCCGCCUAAUAACGAGGCCAUCCAUCGCAAAGAAUCAGUUUCAAAGGUCGUAUAGUCAUGUCCAACGCCACGUUCUCCAAGAACCUCUUCGAUAUCCUCGGCGACGAUAACGAGGUCCGUCAGCCUGCUGCUGCUCCCGCCAAGGAGCAAAAGAAGGUCGAUGAACCCAAGGCUAACGGCGAGAAGCGCGCUAACGGCAAGGCCAACGGUGCCCCUCGUGGUGGUGCCCGUGGUGGUCGCCGUGGUGGUCGCCAGCAGAACGGCCGUCGUGGUCGUGAGUUCGACCGCCACAGCGGUACCGGUAUUGUCGACAACGACAAGAAGGAAAACCAAGGUUGGGGCCACCCCGAAAAGGCUGAAGCCGAAGCUGCCCAGGACUCUGUUUCCCCCAAGGAUCCCGCUGGUGCUGAAGAGCAGGCUGCUGAGGCUGCUGAGCCUGAGGAAGUCACCAAGACUCUGGAAGAGUACUUGGCCGAGAAGGCUAACAAGUCCUUGAAGGUCGUCCUUCCCGAGGCCCGCAAGGCCAACGAGGGUACUGAGGGUGAUUCCAAGUGGGAAAACGCCGUUGCCUUUGUCAAGGAGGAUGAGCCUGAUUUCUACGUCAACAAGGAUGCCAAGCCCGUCAAGAAGACUGAGAAGCAGCAGCGCAAGGACAAGGUCGUUGUUGAGAUCGAGCAGCGCUUCCAGGAGAAGCCCCGUGGUGGUUUCCGUGGCGGUGAGCGUCGUGGUGGUGGCGAACGUCGUGGUGGCGAGCGCCGUGGUCGUGGCAACGGUCGUCGUGGCCGUCAGUCUGCUGCCCCCGCUGUCAACAUCCAGGAUGAUGCUGCCUUCCCAUCCUUGGGUGCCACCGCUUAAAUCAAACAAAAUAAGCUUUUUGUUGUAGUAGUACAUCUCACUCACUCACUCUCUAUAUGUUAAAGCCAUUCUUCUAUGAACCGUGUGCUGAUAAUGUAAAAACGACCCUUGACUGGACAUCCUCAUUGUUAUAAAAAUAAAAACUUGUCAUUUCAUUUCUCUCAUAAUGGUUGUUGUAAUGGUAUAUUGAGCAACGAGGACUACAAGAAAAAUGAAGAAAAG